UAAACCCACAACAGUAUAAUCAAUCUGUAUAUGCAAUAAAGCAUGCUUGUUAUACUCACUGUGGAACCUAAGGGGUUAAUCCUCUGCAUUGUGUAAAAAACACUGUUUUAUCCUGACGUCUUGUCCCCGUCUUAUCUCUUGAUAAGACAUAUCAUGUGGAGUUACUCGGCACAUGCUCAAUUUGGUGUAUUUUGAUAGAGAGGUUUUUUUUUUUUUUCUCCUUAGGAGAGUGCAUGUGAUGAGCACAGGGCCAAUCAGCACUGUCCAGACAGAGGUCAGGGGUUCUGAAUCCUGCUAGAGCAG